AUGUGCUCAGCUGCUCGGGGUGAACUUUCGACUAUUCUGAAGUCAACUUCAAACUGUAUUUUUGAGAAUUUGGCAUUCGAAGAACAUAUUUUCCGAGUAAGUUCAAAUAAAGUUAAACAAAAUGGAUGUUUUUAAUUUUCAGACCCAUAAUGUGGGUACGAACGGAGAAGUUCUUCUAAUGUGGAGCAAUCGGCCUGCUGUUGUCGUCGGAAGGCAUCAAAAUCCGUGGAUUGAAGUGAACAUUCCCUAUGCUAAGGAGAACGGAAUACAAGUUGCCAGAAGGCACAGCGGCGGAGGAACAGUUUAUCACGAUAUGGGAAAUCUGAAUAUCUCGCUGCUCACAACGCACGCACAACACUGUCGGCCGAAGAAUCUCAAGUUCAUUUCGGAUGCGCUGAACAGUCGGUUCUCAGUGAAUAUCGUUCCGAAUAAACGCGACGACAUGGAAUUGCAACCCGGGAAUCGCAAAUGCUCCGGAACUGCUGCCAGAAUAGCACGGUAAAUCCGUAGUCAGUCGUGUUUCUCAAUUAAGAUUCUGAUUCAGGGGGCAGGCCUAUCAUCAUCUGACUCUUCUCGUAGAUGCCAAUCUUUCGAUCCUUUCCAACUCACUGAGUUCUCCGUGGAGAAACCAGAUUGAGUCAAAUGCGACGAGAAGUGUGCGUGCGCCGGCAGUAGGGUUCAUAAGGCAAGAUGAUCCGAACGCAGCAGUUUCCGACUCGCGGAAAGCAAUUUCAGAUGCGUACAGGUAUGCGAGCAUGAAUCCAACGUGAUGAUAAUUUCAAAUUUUUAUUUAGAAAACUCUUUAAAGUGUCUAAACUAGAGGAAGUAGAUGUUUCGGCAAAAGUGAAAAACAAUGAAGAGAUAGCAAAGAUUGUGGAAGAGUUGAAAGCGUGGAAAUGGAUUUACGGAAAGAGUCCUCGUUUCUCUUUCAAACAUCCAAAUGGAUCUUACGUGGAAGUCAAGGACGGAAUCGUCGUCGGAUCUGAAUCUCAGUUCUCGCCCACUUCAUAA